ACACAAACGGACACAGUUGAAGACUUUGACAUAUAACAUAUUCGUCAUUCGAUACAACCCUUUGAAUGUGAACCUUCCUUUAUCUUAAAAAAAAACUGUUUCAUUAACAAUCGUAAUUAAUAGUAGACUAACAAAAAAUCUCACGCGGCUCAGUACCAUACCAUGGUAGAUGGCAUCAUCACCAUUACCAUGGAAUCUGCUCUAUCUUCUCCUUUUUUCUCCAUUUCCGCAGAGUUCCGCCAUUACUUGUCAAACUCACAGAAUCACAAAAGGCUUUUCUCUCACUGCCUCCUUCAACAAACAUGUUCCAUUGGAAUCUCCGUCGCGUGAGUUUGCUUUUGGUUUCCAACGUAUAAAAUCAGAUGGCUUCCUACUUGCUGUCUGGCUCAACAAAAUUCCUGAGAAAACUAUUGUCUGGUCUGCCAAUAGAGAUAAUCUAGUCCAAGAAGGAUCCAAAGUAGUGCUCAACGACAGCGGGCUUAUUCUCACCGACCAAACAGACAAACGGAUAUGGCAUACUGAUACUUUUGGCGUUGGAGUUUCCUAUGGAGAGAUACUCAACACAGGAAAUCUGGUGCUAUAUGACCAAAUCUCGGCCAUCUCAUGGCAGAGUUUCAAUGAACCGACAGACACGUUGUUACCUAAACAGAUUUUGAGUAGGGGCAAGAGUCUUGUUGCACGUUACUCUGAGGAUAAUUAUUCAAGCGGAAGAUUUUUGUUUAUGCUAGAAUCAAAUGGAAAUCUUGUGCUUUACACUAGAAAUUUCCCACAGAAUGCCCCUAACUAUGCCUAUUGGAAGAGCGAAACGGAGGGCAGUGGGUUUCAGGUGAUGUUUAACGAGUCAGGCGCUAUUUACCUUCAAGCAAAGAACGGGAAUAUACUUAAAUAUUUAUCAAUGACUAGUAGUUCAAUGAAGGAUUUCUACCAGAGGGCAAUUCUUGAAAAUGAUGGCGUUUUCAGGCAAUAUGUCUACCCAAAGGGAGGGGAUCCAACUUCUAGUGGUUGGCACGAAUUUAGGUCUGAAUCAUUGCCUUCCAUACCUCCAAACAUUUGCACUAGCAUUAGUGGUGAGGACACAGCAGGUGGAGCUUGUGGAUUCAAUAGCUACUGCAGAAUAGGAGUGAACCAGAGAAGGACUUGCAGCUGCCCAAGUGGCUACACUUUCAUUGAUCCGAGUGAUCCUGUGAAAGGAUGCAAACAGAAUUUUGAAGCUCAAAGUUGUGAUGGAGAAGAUCAUGAUGAUCUCUUUGAAUUUUAUUCAAUGGAACAAACGGAUUGGCCCUACGGUGAUUACCAACAUUUUAAAGAAGUGGAUGAGGAAUGGUGCAAGAAGGCUUGCCUCAGUGACUGCUUCUGUGCUGUUGCAAUUUUCAGAGGUAGGGAGUGUUGGAAGAAGAGGGUUCCUUUCGCAAACGGGAUGAUGGACCCCAGUCUUUCCGGGAAAGCUCUGAUCAAAGUAAGAAAAAAUGAUAGCUCUCCAGGUCAUCCAGACAAGAAUGAUCGUUCAGUGUUGGUACUCAUUGGAUCAUUGCUUUUAAGUGGCUCAGUGUUUAUGAACUUGCUUCUACUUCUAGCAGCCUUUCUGGUUGCUUUCUACUUAAAUCCGAAAUCCAAGGCCAUCCAACCAAACCCAGUUGCAUCAGGAAUAAAUUUGCAAGUUUUCACUUAUGAGGAGCUGAAUAAAGCUACCAACAAAUUCAACGAACAACUAGGCAAUGGUGCUUUUGCUACUGUCUAUAAAGGGGUCCUACCUUCUGAAGAUGGAAAUCUAAUAGCGGUUAAGAAGUUGCACCACUUGGUGAGUGAAGGAGAGAGAGAAUUCAAAGCAGAAGUAAUCGCAAUUGGGCGCACAAACCAUAGGAAUUUGGUCCAACUGAUCGGAUUCUGUAACGAAGACCAACACCGACUACUUGUAUACGAAUUCAUGAGCAACGGUUCUUUAGCAAACUUCAUUUUUGGACCUUCAAGGCCAAACUGGCACAGGAGAAUGAGAACUGCCCAAGGAACUGCAAGGGGUCUCUUCUACUUGCAUGAAGAGUGCAGCAUCCAAAUCAUACACUGUGAUAUAAAGCCUCAGAACAUCCUUUUGGAUGACUUUUACACAGCAAGAAUUUCUGAUUUUGGAUUAGCCAAACUUUUGAAGAAGGAUCAGACUCGAACAACAACAGGAAUCAGAGGAACUAGAGGAUAUGUGGCUCCAGAAUGGUUCAAAAACCUGCCUGUCUCAGCCAAGGUGGAUGUUUACAGCUUUGGUAUUGUAUUGUUAGAGUUGAUAUGCUGCAGGAAGAAUUUUGAAGCAGAGGCUCAGGAAAACCAAAUGAUACUUUCUGAUUGGGCAUAUGAUUGUUACCAUGAUCGGAAUUUGAAACUUCUGGUGGAAAAUGAUGAGGAAGCUAUGGCUGACAUAAAGAGGGUGGAGAAAUAUGUGAUGGUUGCAAUAUGGUGUAUACAAGAGGAUCCAUCAUUGAGACCCACCAUGAAGGAAGUUACCCAGAUGCUUGAAGAAACCAUUGAAGUAGCGGUUCCCCCAGAUCUACCUUCAUUUACUAGUUCAUUCUAGGAUCAUUUUACCUAGCAUAUUCAUCAUGAUUUCAGUAGUAUAGGAAUAUUAGCGAAUGUAGCAGGGUACAAAUCUCAAUACCAUAUGCAGUUUAAAAUGUUCUUUUUUUUUUUUUUUUUGGGGGUGUUUUCUUGUCUUGCUUUUAAUCUUGUUUUGUUUUUGUUUUCUUGUUUUUUCCUGAUCAAAGUUAUGUAAUGGUUAGAAAAUAGAAAUAUAACUCGAUCUCUUGUAGUUGUUUUUA